GCCCUGGCCCAGAAGAGCGGCCAGAGGCUCCAGGUGGAAUUCCUGCUCCACAACAAAACCUCAGAGAUGCCACGCCUGGAGGUGGGGACCAGCGAGGAGAAGCCCUACUCAGUGUCCCUGCCCUCUGUCACCCACCAUGGCUUCCUCUACAAGACCCCCUCCAUGGCCAAGCCCAUGGGCGAGCGGAAGGGCCAGGAAGAGUUCAGCCGGCGCUGGUGCACGCUGCAGGACGGGCUCCUCAGCUACUACGAGAGCGACCGCAACCCCGUCCCCAACGGGGAGAUCAGGGCGGAGGAGGUGGUGUGCCUGGUCCACAACCCCCCCCACACCCACGGGAUUGAGAACACCUUUGAGGUCUACAUCGAGUCAGAGCGGCUCUACCUCUUUGGGCUGGAAAACCCAGAUUCCGCUCGGGAAUGGCUCAAGUCCAUUGCCAAGUCCUUCGUCCACCCCAGUGCUGAGGAGCUGCUGGCUCUGGAAUUCCAGCGGAUUGGCCGGCUCCACUACAAGGGUGGCCUCAACCUGGAGCAAGCCAAGGAGGGCUGGUUCGCCCUGGCCGGCUCCGUGCUCCACGUCUCCUUCCAGGAGGGCGAGCGGCAGGAACCUCUCCAGCUCCGCAAGCUGCAGGAGCUCUCCAUCCAGGGAGACAACGAAGUGCUGGUGCUGGUGGAGAGGCGGAGGACGCUGUACAUCCAGGGGGAGAGGAAGCUGGAUUUCCUGGGCUGGGUCCACGCCAUCCAGAAGGCUGCUGGGAGCUCUGGGGACACCCUGUGGGAGCAGCAGCUGACGGAGUCGGACGUGCCGCUGCUGGUGGAUCGCUGCAUCGACUACAUCACCCAGUGUGGGCUGACGUCUGAAGGCAUCUACCGCAAGAGUGGCCAGAACUCCAAGACCACCAACCUGCUGGAGAUGCUGCGCCGCGACGCCCGCAGCGUCCGCCUGAAGGAGGGCGAGCACCAGGUGGACGACGUGGCCAACACCCUGAAACGCUUCUUCCGGGACCUCGGGGAUGGGCUCUUCACCAGGCAGUGGGGACAGGAGUGGCUGCAGGCCACGGCUCUGGAGGAUGAGGAGCUGAAGGUCGAGGAGUACCGGCGCCUGCUGGGCACCCUCCCCACGGUCAACAGGGCCACGCUGAAGACCCUCAUCAACCACCUCUUCCGGGUCCAGCUCUUCUCCGGGGAGAACCAGAUGAACACACACAACUUGGCCAUCGUCUUCGGGCCCACGCUCUUCCAGACAGAUGGGAAGGACUACAAGGCAGGACGGGUGGUUGAGGACCUCAUCAGCCACUACGUGAAGAUCUUUAAUGUCAACGACCAAGAGAUGAAGAAGCAGCAGGAUGAGAUCAUGGCCAUCAUGAAGAUGCGGGAGGCAGCGUCCAGUGGGACACAGCAAGCUGGAGACUUCAUCUGCACUGUCUACCUGGAGGAGAAGAAGACAGAAGCAGAGCAGCAUGUCAAGAUCCCAGCCACCAUGACAGCUGAGGAGCUCACCUUUGAGAUCCUGGACAGGAGGAAGAUCGUCAUGAAGGAGAAGGAUUAUUGGAGCUGCUUUGAAGUGAAUGAGAGGGAGGAGGCAGAACGGCCCCUGCACUACUCGGAAAAGGUCCUGCCCAUUCUGCACUGCCUGGGCCUGGAGAGUUACCUGGUGGUGAAGAAGCAGGCGGGCAUGGAGAACAUGCUCAUCUACCUCGCCAGCAGAGGGGGCGACUGCAAACACGGGCUGAUGAAGUUCCGGGAGGAGCGGAACCUGCUGGGCCUGGGGCUCAGCACCGGCUUCCACGACCGCUACUUCAUCCUCACCCCCGCCUGCCUGCGCCUCUACAAGGACGUAAGGAGCCACAAGCCAGAGAAGGAAUGGCCCGUCAGGAACCUGAAGGUCUACCUGGGUGUGAAGAAGAAGCUUCGGCCUCCAACGUUCUGGGGCUUCACCAUCUUCUAUGAGAACGAGAAGCACGAGAAGCAGCAGUGGUACCUGUGCUGUGACAGCGCGGCCGACCAGCAGGAGUGGUUUGCCACUUUCCUCCAGGUGCAGGUAGGGACAACCCAGAGGGACAGCCUUGGGGGGACAACACGGGGGAACAACCCAGAGGGACAACCUGGGGGGGACAACCUGGGGGGACAACCCGGGGAGCCACUGGGCCAGCAGAAACCCUUUGUUUUGCCCAAGCAUCCCUAA